AUGUUUCGACGAAGGAGACCCUUAUUCACGUCUUCCAGGCUCCGCAACGUCCAAGAACGUAGAGACAGCGAGGACGCAGCCCUCAUAAACGACCAAACUCUCGAAUCAAACAAUCUAGCUCACACAGAGACCAACACUGCGCAUAGCACAGACAGGGAGCCCAUACCGUCUUUUAUAUCAUGCUAUGUCGAAUCGCCGUCUGAAUCAACACUUACAAGGAAGGAAACAACAUUUUUGGAUUUGCCAUUGUGUGAUUUACUGCCGCGCAUUCUUCGAUAUGUGGCUGCUCCAGAUCGCUUAGCACGGACGUGUAGAGCUAUGAAUUAUGUCAUGGGAGAUUGCUAUCUACGGGCUUGUUUCGUUAGGGAUCGGUUUGGGAUGGUUGAGGGUGAUGCGUUAAUGAGGCACGGGAGGCUGAUUGGUAGUUGUGAUGGGAAGGUUGUUGGAUUGCUUGUUACGUGGGGGUGCAUUACGAACAAGAUAGGAUGGGAUACACUCAUGCGCCAUUUCGUGCGCAAGGGACUCGUGUCCUGUUUAUCUACGGUUAUGGAUGUCGUCAUGAACGCAGAUUCACGAACACUUGAGAUGUACAAGACAUACUGUGAUGCAUCGUCACGCCUUGACUUGCUGGAACGUGCUGCGUUGCAGAAUCAACUUGGAGUUGCGAUGUGGUUGGUUGAGAGGGGGAUCGAUGUGCAUGCUAACGAUGAGAGGGCAUUAUAUUUCGCAUCACGAGUUGGGAAUCUGGAGAUUGUGAGAUAUCUGAUUGAGAAAUGUGGAUGUGAUGCCAAUUCCAGACGCGGCAAGCCUCUGAGAACUGCGGCGAGGUGGGAGCAUGCUGAGCUUGUUCAGUAUCUCUGCACGAAGACAACAAACCCAGCAUGGAGGUCUGAAGCACUCAAAGAAGCCGCAUCAUCUGGUUCCUCUGUCUGCGUUUCUAUUCUAGUCAAAGAAGGAGCAUGUGCAGACCGCGUAAUCAUCGAAGCCUCCAAACGGGGCCACCUAGAAGCAGUAUCAACGCUCUGGCAUGCUGAAUUCAAUAGUGCAGGAUCGUAUCCGUCUCCACCGCCGGAAUCAUCAUUCUCAUCAUCACGUAUACAAACACAAGAAGAAGCAGUUACGGCCUACCGCACACAACAAGUCGUCCUUGAAGAUGCGAUUGUUGUGGCUGCUACUCAUGGACAUUUCCAUAUUGUGAGGUUUUUGUGUGGCAAGGUUGGGUCUACGCAGUGUUUGUGGAAGCAGUUGCAUCUGUUGGUUGACUCGCCGUACUAUUGGUCCAUCAUUGAUUAUGUAAAUGCAGAGAGGAGUGGAAGUGGAACGGAUGGUGGUGUGGUUGUUGGUGCUUCGAUGGUUGAGAGUUGA